GAACCAGCAGCAGCUUCUUGCGGAAUGUGACUACUUUGCCAUGCCGAGCGCGCGGCCCCUGUUGCCGCUGCGCAGCCGCACGGCGCCGGCGGACUUGGGCACGCAGGGCGAUACCCUGAACGAUGGCAUGGAGCUGGCGCAGAGCAUCAUGGCGGCCUUCGUGGCAUUGCUCCUGCUGGGAUUCAUGGUCGCCGCCUGGACGCACAGGCAGUCGGUGCACCACGUCACGGAAGACAUUCUUCACAAGAUGAUUGACCUAGCACCAGCUGAAGCUGGUUUUCUCAUCUUUGCUGCAACGGCUGCAGCCAAUGUCUUCUGCCUGCCUUCCAUCGGCCUAUGGCUGGGAGCCGGCGUGGUCUUUGCACAUAUCUAUCACCCCAACGUGCUGGAGGGUGCCCUUGCAGGCACGCUGGCGGUUUUCCUUGGCUUGGUGGUUGGAAGUCUCACUGCCUUCACGUUAGGUCGGACGCUGUGCCAAAGUUGCAUUGCUCGGAGGUUACAGCAUCUCGAGUGGGUUGAGGUGUUGAACGCCAUUGUUGCGACCGAAGGUUGGAAGUUCGUGAUGCUUGCGCGCAUGAGUCCUGUGCUUCCUCUGGAGGCUUUUAGCUAUGCUUGCAGCUUCACGAACGUGACCGCCCUGGGUUUUGCUGUGGGAUGCUUUGGCUCCUUGCCCAUCACCUUUUUCUGGGUCUGGAUGGGCGCAUCGGCAGAAUCCCUGCGGAUGGAUGAUGAUCCUGGAAGCAAGAAAUUGGGAGUACAUACCACUUUGCUUCUCAUAGGCAUAAGCCUCGUGAUGUUUGGGAUCAUUGCGAGACUAUCCACCAGAAGGUACCAGGAGAUCAUGGACCGUCGCAUCCCAUCGGUGGCGCAGCAGCGGCUCUCGGCCAGCCAGGAGCACCUUUCCGUGGAAGCCACACCCAUUGAUGAGGCUUUUAGGCAAGAAGUGCAACGGCUGCGGCGGAGCUCCAAUCUUCGACAUUGGCGUGGUUUCUUGAGCCCGCGGCGGGUGUCCGUUUGAAAAAAGA